AGAAAGAGAACUUUGCAAUCACGUGAUCAUAGCGAACGGACGAUUCAGGUUAUGUUCACCACACACGGUUUUACUGCGCGAUUGAGACACAAUGUCGACUGAUAAUACUGCUGUUACAGGCAAAAGUUCCAACUACAGGAAUGACAGGAAUCGCAGCAAUUUUACAUCACAGCCGAGAGGUGAUCGCCAGAAUUAUUCUCGCAGAGGAGGCUACAAACGCAGAUUUGAGUCAUCUUCGCGAGAAGAUUGGAAGAAAAACAGGUUGGACGUUGGCAAUAGACUCAAAGAAUCUGACAUAGGUAUUACAGAAUAUAUCGGCAAGCACAUGGGCUUUUCCGCAAUAAUCAAAGAAAGAUACACUGACUUUCAUGUCAACGAAAUUGAUCUCAAUGGGCAAGUAGCCAAGCUAACUCAUCAAGACAUUCCAUGUGAACCAGAAGAUGAUGAAGAUAUUGAGGAUCUGAAGAAGUUGAUACCAUCAGCGAUAUGGGAUCAAUUGCAAACUUUGAAGCAGGAUAAUUCCUCUUCAGAUAUAACAGAAAUUGAUGUAACAAAUCUAGACAAAUUUGAACGCAAAGCUAUUCAUACAGUUGCAAAGAAACUGAAUGCUAUCAGUCAAACAGUAGAUAAAGAUGACAAAAAAAUUAUCACAAUUGUGCUAAAUAACCAAGACGAUAAGAUUGCUAAAAAAAUGUGCAGAGACAACAGGAUAGAUUGGAAGAGACGUGGUGGCAAUUAUUGCCAUUUCUUAUUACACAAAGUAAACAUGGAUACGAUGGACGCUUUGAAUCAAUUGGCUGCAAGUCUGCGAAUUCGACCUGAUAAUUUCAGUUAUGCAGGCACGAAAGAUCGUCGAGCAUGGACGACUCAGUGGGUGAGUCUGAAGAAGGUAGAUCCCCAUGACAUACUGAGGACUGGUAGAACUAUACAUGGUAUAUAUGUGGGAAACUUCAAGUACGCCAAAGACAGUCUGAAAUUAGGUAUGCUGCACGGCAAUCAAUUCAGAAUAGCAUUGAGAAAUGUGCACGGCUCGGACGAAGAGAUAGAGCGAGCGAUGACGUCACUACGCGAUAAUGGCUUCAUUAAUUACUAUGGUUUGCAAAGAUUCGGUACAGUAGCUACUAUACCCACGCAUGAAAUCGGAAAGCGUUUACUGCAAGGUAAAUGGCACGAGGCAAUAGAAUUGAUUUUGAAACCGCGGGAAAGAGAGCAAGAUAAAGAACUGGCAGAGGCUAGACGGAUUUACGCAGAAACUAAAGACGCGCAUGCCGCUUACACAAAGAUCAAAAGAGUCGAUAAAAUCGAAGCUAGGCUUCUGAAAGGUCUGCAAGUAUCGGGUGACAAGAAUCCCGUAGGCGCGCUCGACUCUGUUCCUCGGAACAUUCGACUGAUGUACAUCCAUUCGUAUCAAAGCUUCGUUUGGAAUCACAUCGUAUCGAGAAGAGUAAAGCAAUUCGGUACAAAUGUAAUCGUGGGUGAUUUGGUUUAUGACAAACAAAAUUGCAAAGAGGAUACUACUAACGAGAUAACGGAUUAUCUUCCGAAUGAUACUAAUGAUGUUAAAAACGAAAGUGAUGUUGUCUUUAGCGAAAAGAAAGAUACCGAUUCAACUGCAGAGAAAGAAACCAAAGAAAAAUCGACUAAAGCGACUGAGGAUUUAACGGAGGAACACGAAAGCACAUACGAACUUCCCAUGGUAAAAAUUCUUACAGAAGAAGAUUUACCAAACUACACUCUAUCCGACGUUGUCAUACCUCAAGCUGGAUGGAAAGUUACGUACCCGUCUUAUGCUAAGCCUUGGUAUGAUGAAUUCUUAGCCAAAGAUGGAUUAACAACCGAUCUCAGACAGAAAAAUAAGAAAUAUAGUUUAGGUGGUUCCUAUAGAAAAAUAUUAGGAAUACCAACAAAUCUCUCGUGGCAGAUUAUGCGUUAUAACGAGAAGCAUGAUGAUCUUAUGUUAUCGGAUAUUGAUGAAAUGAGGAAACGUAUGCCUCCACAGGAUAAAUCAGAUGGAAAGAACAAGGCGUUGAUCAUCGAAAUGUGUUUGAAAUCUAGCAAUUAUGCUACAAUGGCACUGCGUGAAAUCUUAAAGAACGAUACCUCAGCAGAAACACAAGCUGCACUGUCUGCUUCUCAUUGUACAGAAACUACACAAACUGAUACAACUACUACAGAAAAGAUAACAGAUAAAUCUGGCAGUACAGACUUGACAAAAUAUGAGAAAGACAAUACAGAAGAGAACCAUGACACAAAAUCUCAUGAAGACUCGAUUAAUGCAAAAAAUGAUUAAACAAUGAAAGAAACAGAAGAUUUUGUGAAGUUGACACAAAACUCAACAUAAAAUAUUAAUUUUGUAAACGCAAUAAAUCAUAACUAUAUAAAAUG